AUGACUUACUACGGCCACAACGUCAACUUCCAGCAGCAGAACCCUGGGUAUAACCAGGAUGGCCCGGGCCAGGGCGGAUAUGGCGGUGACGAUCAACGUCGCAAUGAUCAAGGCGGCUAUCAACAAGGCGGUCCUCAGCAGUACGGUCAACAACAGGGAGGCUACCAACAGGGUGGCCCUCAACAAGGAGGUUAUCAACAAGACCGCCCAGGUCUUUCACAAUCAUACUACUCCGAGUCCGCUCAGUCCUCUCAGUAUCCUUCUGGUGGACAGUCUGGACCUGGACAAUACCAGCAGGGCCCUCCUGCCUACAACCAAGGACCUCAAAGCCAGUUUGACGGCGGCGAUGGUCCCGAUGGUGAGCGUGGCGUAAUGGGAGCCCUUGCAGGCGGUGCAGCUGGAGCUUUCGGUGGUCACAAGAUGGGCGGAGUCACCGGACACAGCAAGACCAGCACCAUUGUCGGAGCUUUGGCUGGUGCAUUUGGCGGUCACAAGCUGCAAGAUGCUGCUGGAGACUGGAAGGAUGAGAGAGACGAGAAGAAGGAAGAGGAGAAGCGACGAAAGGAGGAAGAGAAGAGACGCGAGGAAGAGGAAGAGAGGAGACGAAAGGAGCGCCGUGAUGACGAUCGUUAUGAGUCUCACCACCAUCGCCGCCGAAGUCGAAGCCGAAGCUCUUCUCGUGGCUCCAACCGACGUCGUGGUGGUCACUACGCCGGUAACUUCACCGCCUCGUCUCGAGAUAUCAGACUCGAUGCUCACGGCGACUACGUUCUACACGCUUCUUGUAAGCGUGAGGACGGAGACUACCAACACACCUCUAUUUCCCUCGACAAGGUCCUCGAGAACGACAGAGGAAGCUUCCGUUGGUCCGCAGGUGGCCACCAUGGUAGCUCCUCUUCCGUCACAGUCCAGCAAGGCGAUACUCUUCGAGGCAUUGCUGCUCGAUUUAACUGUUCCUUUGAGGAGAUUGCUCGACAUAACGGCAUCAACAACCCUGAUCUUAUCUAUCCUGGACAGACUUUGCAGGUGCCUGGUGGUGGCCGCCAUGGUGGCGGGGGUUUCGGAUCUUCUGCACGACAUGUUCGUCUGGUGGAUGGAGGUCAGAGACUUGAGGGUGAGCUGUCUCGAGAUGGAGACUGGGUGCUUAGCUCGAUCAUUCUUGAUGAGAGAAUCAGAAACUACAACGGCACCUUGGAGCUUGUCUAG